UUUGGUCUACGAUCAUAUUUCAAUUCGCUUUAUUGGCAUGACUUAACAAUGUACAUAUUACCAAUAUUACCAUAUUUCACGGUCCAUUGUAGAUCAUGUGCCAAGCAAGCUAACAUGAUUAGCUACGCGCUAGCCAACAAAGCUGCCGGUAGUCGGUAACGUUAUAGCUAGCUGCUGUUGUGCGGCUAGUCAAAUGGCUAGCUAACUUAAUGAAUUAAAAUGUCAGCUAGUUAAACCAUGCAAACAUUUACAUUGAAUAUCGUUAAAUGUUCAUGUUUUACAAACGAAAGUGUUUUUUUUUAAUGGAUGGGGUCUCUGUUUUUGGUUUAUUAAUCUUGUGGCAGUCUAGUUCUGGUCCAUUGCACGACGCUCUGCGCUCAGUCGUAUUUAAAGGAGUCCUCCACGUGUGGGUUAGUGUCCGGCUUCAUGUUCAAUAGUGGUGGGAAAGAUUAUGGAUAUACUGACAAGAUUACAUGUCUCUCCGUCCAGCCUUCCUUUGGAUUGGUGGAUACAGUAUUGUAAUCGUAUUUUGAAUGUUCGUGUUGUUAACGUGAACCCGCCUGUAUUCAAUGGAAAGACGAUAUGAUAUUAGCCUCAAACCCUUUAAUAUGCAUAGCCAUCUCGAGGAAACUGCUAUAAAGUGUUUUUUUUUCUCUCAAAGUUGCCAGGAUGUCACGUGUCCUACUGAUAUCAGUACACUCGUAAUAAUUUAAGCGUAUACAAAAAAUACAAAAAACCCUUGUUUGGUGGGCGAAAAAACGCCACCUGCUGGAGGGAGACAAAUUUCCACCGAAUUGGGCCGCUCUUCCUCUGGUGGUGGUGGUGAGGAGUCAACCCAGGGGGCCAGGCGGUUCUGGUCUAAAAGCACGGUUUCUACUGCUCCUACAGUUUUUUGUUGUCGUUACUGCAGUUUAACUGAAGCCCGACCCAGAAAGACAAUUUUCAUACACAGUCGAAUUUGAAAUGUCCUAUUAAGACGCGUUAGUCAUCACCUUUGUGCACAAAACAUUCAUAAAAUUAUUUUAAAUGUCGCUGAGGCCAAAGAUAUUAACAUUUUAUAUUCAUCCCAUGCAGGGCUGGAUGAUACACAUUGUGUGACGAUAGAAAAACGUCUUAUCGUUUCAUAUUAUGCUGUAUAAUUUAUUUUGUGUCACAAAUCACUCUUUACGGCAAUAUUUUUAGUCAAUUGGAUAACGCUUUGCACAAACAAACACCGAGGAGAGUGAACGUGACACAGAGCACGGAGACCGUACCUAAAAAAGGGGCAACUUCGGUCUCAUGGACGUAGCUUGGGUAUGAAAAGUCUGACACGGACCAGAAAACUGUCCUCUACAAAAAUAUGCCGCAGACCGGUCCCAACAACAGACUCAAACACCACUAACCUAUUUUACCACCUACGCAAGAAUCAUGUGAAACAGAGCGGGAAGAGUCUACGGACGAGACCCCAAAACGAGACCCCGUCUCAGACGUUGCAAGAGGCUUUUGCCCGCGGCACAACAUAUGGCAAAGAACCAUGAAGAUGGAAGGAGAGAACAGCUGCAGUUACAACUUACAUCUGUGAAGACAUGGCACCAUUUACACGGUCGGGAAACGGGGGUUUGGUUCAUGGACAAGAAGCUUUCUCUGAAGCUGAACGGUGGCAGGCAGGUCCAAGGAGUCCUGCGAGGUUUUGACCCCUUCAUGAACUUGGUGAUGGAUGAGUGCUUGGAGAUGGUCCCUGGGGGAAUACAGAACACCAUAGGCAUGGUGGUGAUCAGAGGAAACAGCAUCAUCAUGUUGGAGGCACUUGAGAGAGUAUGAGGGCGGGGAUGACAGAACAGCUUGAAAGAAGUGGAAUAAUGGACAUUACACUUUUUAUGUCAUUUCCUUGUUUUUCCUGUUGAUAGAUUAUGUCUUUGAUACGUUUUAGACAGAUAUUUCAGAUAUUUCAGUUAUUUCAGAUAUUUCAGUUAUUUCAGAUAUUUCAGUUGGAAAUGUUUUAAUUUUGAAAUCUUGUGAAUAAACUGGGUAUUUUGUUUUUA